AUGAGUCGCAUUGUCUUUUACAUGCUAGACGUCUAUUUCAUCAAUUCUUGUUAUGACUAUAUCAAAGAGUCUGAACGUGCUGGCAAGAUCGAUAUGCAUGAGCAAGGACAGGAAUUUGUGUUGCCAGCUACAUUCACUGGUGGUCCACGAUGGCUUGAGCUUACCAGAUUUCUCAAGAAAAGAAGAUUAAAGGCAGAGGAUAGAUCAGAAAUCGUUUGUAGGAUUUUUAAAAUGAAACUUGAUGCGUUGAUGGAUGAUUUAACCAAAAAGCACGUCCUUGGGAAAACAGUUGCAUCAAUGUACACAAUUGAGUUUCAGAAGCGUGGGCUACCACAUUCACACAUUCUCCUAUUCAUGCAUCCUGCUUCCAAGCUUCCCACAACAGAUGACAUUGAUAAGAUAAUAUCUGCUGAGAUCCCUGAUAAAUCCGAAAAACCAGAGCUUUACGAGGUCAUUCAAGAUAUGAUGAUUCAUGGUUCUUGUGGAGCUGCUAACAUGAAUUCACCAUGCAUGGAAAAUGAGCUGUGCUCAAAGUUGUUUCCAAAGCCAUAUGCUUCAAGGACUACGAUUAAUAAAGAAGGAUUUCCGGUUUAUCGAAGACGCCAAAAGAAUGAAAAUUUUGUGUUGAAGAAUGGGGUGAAAUGUGACAAUCGAUGGGUUGUUCCAUAUAAUAAGAAACUCUCUCUUCGUUACCGAGCUCACAUUAAUGUGGAAUGGUGCAACCAGACUGGUUCUAUUAAGUACUUAUUUAAGUACUUAAAUAAAGGACAAGACCGUGUCACUGUGGUUGUGGAACCUCCUGAACACAUUGUAGCGAACGAAUACGUUUCUUCCUGUGAAGGUGGCUGGAGGCUUUUCCAAUUUCCCAUUCACUAUCGAUCUUGCGCAGUCGAGAAGCUCAAUUUUCAUCUUCCCAGAAAACAACAUGUUAUUUUCAGAGGUAAAGAUAAGAUGGAAGCAGUUGUGACUCGUAAACUCAUUGAGAACACAUGGUUUGAGUUGUGUAAAAUUGAUGACUUCGCCAAAACUCUCUUAUAUGCACAAAUUCCCAACUACUAUACCUAUGACAAGAGGCAGAAGAAGUUUAAAAAUCAGAAAAAGGGAUUUAGUCUUGGCAGGAUUAACUAUGCUCUAUGUUCACUAGAAGAUUCUUAUUAUUUGUGUGUUUUGUUGAACGUUGUCAGAGGCCCUACCAGUUAUGAAGACAUCAAAACUUUUGAAGGCGUUGUUCAUGAAUCCUACAAAAAGGCAUGUUUUGCUCGUGGGUUAUUAGAUGAGGAUCAUGAGUAUAUAGAUGAUUUGGUAAGGAGAAGUUAUUCAUCUUCAGCAUUGGAAAUACGCGAUAUAUUUGUUAUGAUGUUUCUCAAUAAUACCUUAGCCAACCCAGAAACUGUAUGGGAGAAUACUUGGGAGAUAUUAUCUGAAGAUAUAGAGUAUAAUUGA